CUGUGCUCAGAGUCAGCUGUAAACAUUUAUAUGAAGUCGUACCUAUUUAUCAUACAGAUGUUAAAAUUAUAAGAAGUGUGUUUUUUGUGCAGUAUGAAGAAUCUGUUUUGAUUCAACCCCACCUUGACCAAAACAGAGGGUCUCCUCAGCUGUCUCUUCUGCUUUUUAUUCAUUUUUACGGACACUUCAUCAGGAUUGAGUCAAAAUGCAGCAACCUGAACCCCAGCAGACAGCUCAGCAGACAACAGAAAUACUGGAUCCAGCAGUUCACUACCUGCGUCGGAGGAAGACGGCCCUGUGGGUGACGGUGUCUCUGCUGGCUCUGGCUCUGGUGGUGCUGACUGUGGGUCUGGUCUCUGCCACGCGCACCGAUAACGUGCCUGUGGCUGGAUAUUACUCCGGCAUCACCCUGAGUUUUGGAGCGUUUUUGGGCAUUGUUGGCAUUCACCUGGUUGAAAACCGCCGUCCUAUGCUGGUGGCAGCGAUCAUAUUCAUCAGUAUCGGAGUGGUCGCCUCUUUCUUCUGUGCCAUUGUGGACGGGAUCAUCGCGUCAGAGUUCAUUGACACAAGACCCUUGCAGGAGGACAUGUGUGACUUUUAUGCCAGUGGAGCAGGUUACGCCUACGACAGCUACUAUACUGAGGUGACGUGUCGUUCCUUUGACAAAGCGUGCAAACUGAAGCUGAGGAGCAACACAUGCUACUGCUGCUACCUUUACAACUGUGCCAGCACGGAGUUCCACAACCAGUACUACGAGUUCACCGGGGUCAGCAGCUGCUGGGAUGUGAUCCACCUGCAGCGCCUGCUCUGGGCCACCGUGGUGCUAAACAUCAUCUGCCUGUUCCUGGGCAUCAUCACCGCCGCCGUGCUCGGAGCGUACAAGGACAUGCAGAAGCCUACUCCUCAGAUGGCUCCCAGCCCCGCACCACCCCCCCACAUCCUGUACAACCCAACGCAGCACAUGCUGACCUACGCUGGCUACUGCCCAUCAGGACAAACUCUACCCACUUACCCCAACUAUCCAAUACCCAUGCAGCAUAACAGCAGCUAUCAGCCCCCUGCCACUCCUCAGAUAAUCCCUGAGGGGGGGCAUGCCUCCAAUCCUUGCCCAUCUGAGGAGAACCAGAGCCAGCCACCCUCUCAGACCCCAAACCAGCCCCAGCCUCAGGGAGCCACCCAGGAACCAGGGGGCUACAUGCUGACACCCAACGCUCCGGCCCUCUAUGGCUCCGCCUACAACCCCUUUGAAAAACCUCCACCUUAUGCUUGCUGAGCCCCUAGCCAAACACCUAGGGCAUGUUGAAGAAGAAAUAUGUAGACCUUGUCGGACUGAAAGUAGCACAAGACAUUUGAGAGAUGACCUUGGAGAGCAGACAGUGGGCUUCACUCUGUACUGAUACAUGCUAUGUUUUCCAUGUUUGCACUGAGGAGAUACAGAUGUAUAGCUAUGAAGUGUGAAUAUACAGACAUGAUACAUACAGUAUUUCAUGUGUUUUAAGGGAACUCUUGGGAAAUAAACAAAUUUGCUUUCUUGAAGAGAGUAAUAAGAUUGGUACACAUUUUUAUCUCUAGCUAAAAGGAAUCUAUGGCUACAAUAUCAAACGGUGCAAAUGUUGGGAAACAGUUUGUCUGGAUAUAAUGGAACAAAAUCGACCAAACAGCACCUCUUAACCUCACCAACUAUUACUCAUAUUAGUUUCAUCUUUACAAAAACAUUAUUGUAAAUUGGUGAUGUGAUUAUUUUGGGGCAGUCGUUGAAAUUAAAUAAGCAUAUUUCCCAAAAUGUCACUCUUCUUUAAGUUUAGAGCUGGCCCUCCCAUGCUAACCUGUUUCAUAAAUAAUAAUUGUAUCGUGGUACACUUGAAUGCGAUCUGAUCUUGAUAACUUGUGUAGAUUGGACAAAAGGUCUUAUUGUGUAUCGUCUCACUAAACUACUGUAUUAGUAAUUCAAAGGGCUUUCUUGAAACGUGAACUGGAGUGUAAAUGUUGACACUGAUGUUGCUGUUAUUUAUGUUUGUGUGAAUUGUGUAAUGUGCACUUUAAAGUCAGUAUAAUGUAUUUAUCAUUGAUUAUGCAUGAUGUUAAACUGCUGUGGGAUGGGAUUGUGUAGCUGCUAUAAAUACAUAAUGUAUUAAAGAGGUACCUUUAAGAAAUAUGUAUUCACUGAUGCAUAAUAAAUGUGUAGUAAGGGCAUCAUUGAAAUCUCUCAUAUAAAGUUAGUGUUACACAGUUUGGGAAGUAUGAUUAUUAGUUUGCUUUCCAAGAGUUAAAUAAGACGUUAAAGUGAAUAAUUGUAACUAUUCAUUUUAACUGUCACAUUUUUAAGAAUUAUCAGCACUACUUUUAAUAGCAAAACCAGAUGUUGUAAUUCACCGUAAAGAGACUAUAUAUGUAAAUCAAACUAUUCUUCCUCAAAUAAAGUUUAAACCUUUGUUCGCAUUAAAUAAACAUGUUUCAAUUGUUUGUUUUUGUUU